UGGUAGGACCCUCGUACUCUCUCUCAAUACCCCCUCUCCCGCAUUCAUUUACUCAUUCAUUCACUCAUUCAGCGGUUCGUUUGCGUUUCGUUUCGUUUCGUUUCGUUUGUGUGGGACGUUUUUGUUGAAGAGAUUCCAAGAUCGUUGAGUAGUGGGAAAGUUCUAAGGCAGUACCCUCUGGGGAUUUUGUUGAGAUUUAAGAGUUUGUGGUGUUGGAUUCGGGGUUCUCUAGUGGAUUUGUGGAGUGGUUGCUUGGGUUUUGGUGUUUGGUACGUCAGAGCUUGCGUGUUUUUUGGGGGAUUUUGAAUGGGUAUUUGAGUUGGGUUGUUUUUUGUUUGUUUGUUUUUUGAGGUUGAGUAAUGUACACAGGACAGUCGGAUCAUAGGCCAGAAGGAGUCGGAGUGAAUCCGGGGUCUCCGAAUGUGAUGGAGCCCGGGGGUGGUGUUGCCAAUGGGGCGGCGGUGACACCUGAAGGACAUUACUCCCAUGCGCCGAGCUCUGCGUUGCAGGCUGUCAAGAAGAACAUCAACCACAUGUCGGGUCUUAGCUUAGGACUGCGGGUCUCGGAGUUCGUUCUCAGCGUCAUUGCCUUUAGCUUGAUGGCAUCUGCGGAACAAAACGGUGCGGUUUACAGCACUUUUACCUCGUACAGUUUCGUACUCGCUAUAAAUGUGCUUGUAGCUUUAUACGCAAUAGGGCAAAUUAUUCUGAGCGUCAUGCCCCUGGUAUCCGGAAGUGCCCCAAAGAAACUCUACUUGUUCAUUACCUUCGGAUGUGACCAGUUGUCAGCAUUCCUUCUCAUGGCCGCAGGAGCUGCUGGAGCUUCAGUCGCUAUGUUAAUUAAUCGCAAAGGAGUUAUUGACGACUAUGGCAGUGGUUGCAUAGAUGGAAAAAUCACAGUGUUUUGCGCACAUGCAGAAGCCUCGAUAGCCUUCACCUUCUUGUCUUUCUUUUGUGUUAUGAUAUCGUCAUAUCUUGGAGUGUACAACUUAGCACCUUACCUCAUUCUUUAAUUUUCUGUGUGAAAUAGCUUCUGUUAUAUAACAGUACAGAUAUACAAUUUUUGGGGAACGAGUAGGACAGGUAAAUGUAAAGUAUUUAAGGUAUACCAAUUCGUAGCAAAAAUUUGUGUAAUAUUCACUCUUUUCGAUGGCUGGGAGAAAUAUACUUUUGGAUGAGUUUGUGGUUA